UACUCGGUUGUCCUUGGCUCGAGUACCGCUAUUGGGGCUGCUGUUGCAUCUCGGGAACUGUAGUGAAUGUUGAGUUGGAGCGGUGCGGUUUACCGUGCGGGAAACUCACCUUCCCAGAGCCCUUUGCGCGGGAGCGUGCGUAUGUUUGGUGUUCGGUUUCGUAAAGAAGGGCACACGUGAGAUACCCUUCGCCAAGCGAGAGAAAGUGAAGAUGUCGAGUCUGUCGGCGGCGAGCUGCGCGUCCACGUCCAACCCGGCCGCCGGGAGCGCGGAAGAGAAGAAGCCGCUGAAGCCGUGCUGCGCGUGCCCGGAGACCAAGAAGGCCAGGGACGCGUGCAUCAUCGAGAAGGGUGAGGAGCGGUGCUCGGAGCUCAUCGAGGCCCACAAGGAGUGCAUGAGGGCGCUGGGCUUCAAGAUCUAGUCCCCGGGAGUCAGUGAGCGAGCGAGCGAGUGAGAGAGAGCGUGUGUUCUGCAGGGUCGCCGCGGUGGGGGCCCUUUCCUCUCCUUUAUUUAUAUCGGAAAGCAAAGAAUCUCCUUCCGCCAAGAACGUCUCCCUUUGUUCAGCGUUUCGCCUGGCCGCGUUGCUCCUCAUGCCGUCUCUCCCUCUGCUUGGAUGGGGGGUGUGUGCGUGUGUGUGUGUCUCUGUCCGUCUGUUUGUCUGUCUGUCUCGAGGGGGAGGGCUUUUUUUCUUCAUAACUCAUGUUCCAUAGAUAAAUUGAAAUAAAGUAAUCCUAUGCAAUAUGA